AUGAUGUGGAAUCAUAGAGAAGGUUGGUUAUUUAUUAUAUUCAUCUAUGUGUUGUUGAUAUUAUUAUUAUCCAUUUUUCCUUUGAUGUGUUUUUCUGCAAACUUUGUUCCUAUAGAUAAUUACCUUAUAGAUUGUGGUUCACAUACAAAUACUUCUAUAGGAAAUCUCAAUUUCACUUCAGAUCAAUUCUAUAAGAAUUUUCUCUCCACACAAGAAGAUAUUCUUGCGAAUACUAGUUUGAAUUCUAUUAAUUCCAUUACUGGUUAUUCACCUCUUUAUCAAACUGCAAGAAUCUUCAAUUCACCUUCAAAGUAUAGUUUUCCUGUUAGCAAAAAGGGUAGGGUUUGGAUCCGGCUUCAUUUCUUUCCGUUUUCGUAUCAAAAUUACAAUCUUAGUGCUGCGAAUUUUGCGGUUAUGGCUCAAGACAUUGUGCUUGUUAGUAACUUUAGUGUGUUGGGGAGAAAUGGUGUUAUGAAGGAGUAUUUAGUGAAUGUGACCUUAGACACAGUUGUUGUAACGUUUGCCCCGUCGAAGAAUUCAACUGCUUUCGUGAAUGCGAUUGAAGUUGUUUCCAUGCCGGAUGAGUUAAUUGCCGAUGAUGCUAUCGCGUUGAGUCCGAGGAGAAGUUAUGAGGGGUUGUUGACACAGGCACUCGAGACGGUUUUCAGGGUUAACAUGGGUGGUCCGAGUGUUUCUUUUGGCGCUGAUCCGCUUCGUCGAACUUGGGUUCCUGAUGUAAGCUUUCUUAUACUGCCUAACCUUGCUAGAAAUUUUUCGAGUAUAGGUGCGGUUAAAUAUGUAAAAGGGGGACCAACGGAAAAUAUUGCUCCUGCUAGUGUUUAUGGUACUUUAACAGAGAUGAACUCGGAUAGUGAUCCGCGGAGCAAUUUCAAUGUGACAUGGAGGUUUGAUGUGGAGCCGGAAUUUCAAUAUCUUGUUCGACUUCACUUUUGUGAUAUUGUCAGUAAAAGUCUUAAUGAACUCUAUUUCAAUGUUUACAUUGAUUCUUUGUUAGCUGCAAAGGAUCUUGAUCUCAGUGGAAAGACUAAUAAUAUUUUGGCUACUCCUUAUUUUAUGGAUUUCGUUACACCAACGUCGGUCGACGAUAAAAUUCUUGUGAGUAUUGGCCCUUCUGAUGCAAAUAGUGAUUAUCCUAAUGCCAUUUUGAAUGGUGUUGAGAUCAUGAAAAUGAACAACUCUAAGAGCAGUCUCAGUGCAUCGACAGCCGUGUUUUUGACGAGUAAUCAUGGUUCGAAUUCUAAGAAAGUUGGCGUGAUAGUUGGUGUGAGUCUUGGGAUACUUUGCGUGGUGGUUGGAGUUUUCUUUGUAUUCUUCAUGAGAAGAAGACGGUUGGCACAACAAGGGCAUUCAAAGACAUGGGUUCCUUUAUCGAUCAACGACGGAACUUCUCACACAAUGGGAAGUAAAUAUUCAAACGCCACAACAGGAAGUGCUGCUUCGAACUUCGGGUAUCGCUUCCCGUUUGUGGCAGUUCAAGAGGCCACGAACAAUUUUGAUGAGAGUUGGGUUAUUGGCGUAGGUGGUUUUGGUAAGGUAUACAAAGGUGAACUAAAUGACGGAACUAAAGUUGCUUGUAAGAGGGGGAACCCUCGGUCACAUCAGGGACUUGCUGAAUUCCGAACCGAAAUAGAAAUGUUGUCCCAGUUCCGUCAUCGCCAUCUGGUAUCAUUGAUUGGAUAUUGUGAUGAAAGGAAUGAAAUGAUCUUGAUAUAUGAGUACAUGGAGAACGGAACUGUCAAGAGUCAUCUCUACGGCUCGGGUCUCCCCAGCUUAAGCUGGAAAGAGAGGCUCGAGAUAUGCAUCGGAGCAGCUAGGGGACUCCAUUACCUUCAUACCGGCUAUGCUAUGGCGGUUAUUCACCGCGAUGUAAAAUCUGCAAACAUCCUUCUUGAUGAGAACCUCAUGGCGAAAGUUGCCGAUUUCGGACUAUCAAAGAUCGGACCGGAAGUCGAUCAGACGCAUGUGAGCACGGCCGUCAAAGGGAGUUUUGGCUACCUUGAUCCGGAGUAUUUCAGAAGGCAGCAGUUAACAGAGAAAUCCGACGUGUAUUCAUUUGGGGUAGUUUUGUUUGAGGUUUUGUGUGCAAGACCUGUUAUAGAUCCAUCUCUUCCUAGAGAAAUGGUGAACUUAGCAGAAUGGUCGAUGAAAUGGCAGAAACGAGGAGAACUUGCGCGAAUCGUGGAUCCAACGCUUGAGGGGAAAAUCAGACCGGAUUCCCUAAGAAAAUUUGGAGAAACUGCUGAAAAAUGUUUGGCUGAUUUUGGUGUUGAUAGGCCUUCAAUGGGAGACGUAUUGUGGAAUCUGGAGUAUGCUCUUCAACUUCAAGAGGCUGUUGUUCAAGGCGAUCCUGAAGAAAACAGCACAAACAUGAUCGGUGAACUCUCUCCGCAAAUCAAUAACUUUGACCACGAAAAAAGUGUUUUGGUUGCGCAAUUUGAAGCUUCGAGUCUUGAUGAUCUUUCCGGUGUUUCAAUGAGUAAAGUAUUCUCUCAGUUGGUGAAAUCUGAGGGAAGGUGA